UAUCUCUCUCCCAAUCCUGCGUAGAUGUUUGACUUGAUAUUAAGUAGCUGACAGGAAACGCGGAACUAGCUAACUAGCAAGCUAGCAACAUAUCAGCUAGGUUAAGCGAGUUGUCCCCCCGGAUCCUGGCUGAUACUUCCCAGCAACUUUUCUGACAAUGCCGCAAAAUAUCGAGCUCGGUGCCACGGGAGGAGUCCCCAAAGCAGACGGCAGCAACAUGGAAGACAUGACAGUGGAACAGAUAACCAUGAGGGCCAACCAAGUGACUGACGAGUCACUGGAAAGCACACGGAGGAUGCUGCAGAUGGCAGAGGAGAGCAGACAGACCGGCACCAACACCAUGGUGAUGUUGGACCAGCAAGGAGAGCAGCUGAAGCGUGUGGAAGAAGGCAUGGACCAGAUCAACCAGGACAUGAGACAGGCUGAGAAAAACCUCACCGAUCUCUCCAAGUGCUGCGGCCUCUGUGUCUGCCCCUGUGACAGAGGAGGAUUCUUUGAUGAGUACCAAAAAGUAAGGGUGUCCUCCAUCGAGCACGACUCGCAAUACAAGCGCACCUGGGGUAUCAGAGGCGGAGAGGGCGAGGUUGACGCGAACGGCGCAAAAGUAGUCAUAAGACAACCCUCAGGCGUCGGCAACGGUCAGGCCGUGCAGACGAACACCUCGGCACCUUCGGGCCCGUACAUCAAGAGAGUAACCCACGAUGCACGUGAGGACGAGAUGGAAGAAAAUCUGGACGCAGUCGGCGGCAUUAUUGGCAACCUGAAAACUAUGGCUAUGGAUAUGGGCUCCGAGAUCGAUAAGCAAAACAAACAGCUGGACCGCAUCACUGACAAGGUAAGAGAUUAAUAUGGUAAUAUGAUUUGUAUUCACUGAGGUAUUUCUUUAUUGAUUUAGAGGGAAGUUAUAAGAGGUUAACCUUGUUAUCUGAGAGAGGACAAAAAGUGUUUUUUUUCUCCCUUCUGCUUUUCAUCACUUUGAGCUUGAUGGACACAGUGAAGCGACCCUGAGUUGCUAUGAAACAACAUUCUGCCAAAUAGUUUCACGCCGUUUCUUUGCCUGUUAGUUGGAGGCGUUGACCCAGAAGGAAAAAAACGACUGAAGAAGCAAACGUAGAAAUAAACAACGCAAGACUGUUUUAUUGGUAGCUUCAUAAAUGCUUUCUGUAGAAAAAGGAAAUGACAAGAGGUGUUUUUGAUUGAUGGACUAGGUUUAGUAGGUAAAUGGAAUUUAGUCCAUUCAUGUUAAAGAUGUUUUAAGUUUCUAUAAAUGGAAGCAAUUAGAAGGAAAUGAUGUGUCUAACUGUCCAACAGGUCACUUAAAUUUAACCGGUGAUUUAAUUAUGGCACCAGUGUGUGCAGUGCUGACUUUGACAUUGUUUGGACAAGAAUUGCAAGAGAUAUUGGUAGAAAUGCGACAGGUGUGACGCUGAAAGAGCCACAAACGCAAACACAGUGCAGCACUAAAGAAUUUGCUGAUACAUUGAGGUGUCCAGUCCAUUUUCUUGGCGAUACACAUCACCUUGGUUACCUCCAUGUUUACUCAGCAACCUCACUGUAUCCCAGUAAAACACUGUCGAACCACUGGCAGGUCUGUGUGUCACAAUACUCGUCCCAGUACUUUAUUAAUGUGUAUGAAAGCUUUCAGAGUUGGUAGAGAAUUGCUUGAUU